GUGUUUACUGAUAGACUCACAGCGCUCAGUUUAGUGAAGAAAUAUAAAGAUUCUAGAUUCAAAGUUUUUAAAAAUAGACAAGAUGCUGAAGAUUUCACCAAACAUACUGUCAAUCAAACUAAAUCUCCUUCACAUAGUCAGAUUUCAGAAUCUGGAAUAGAAAAGACUUCAACUGGUAUUGCCGUGGAGAAAAGUGCAUUCAGAGGACCGAAGCCUGGUGAGGUUGUGACAUUACGCCGUUCUAUAGAGAGGGGUGAUACAGAGCUGUUUAAAACUACAGUAUGGGAGAAUCCUAGAUAUCUGAUUAGCAGUGCUGAUACACCUGUCAUUUUACAUGAAGGACUACGAUACAAUGCUCUACAUGUAGCUGCCAUCUCAAACAAACCAGCCAUGUGUAAAGUGAUCCUAAAUACCAUAUCUAACCCUGAGUUUACUCAGAAACUGUACUGUUUUAGUCAUGAGAGUGAAGAAACUAAACAACGCAGAAUAGAUUUUAUAUUUGAUCUAUACCUUAAUAUGCCUGAUAAAGGGAAUGGCGAGUCACCAUUACAUUUUGCCUGUAAAUUUGGUUUUCCUGAUGUUGUUAGAGUGUUAUUAGAAUAUCCUGGAGUAGAUAGAAAAUUGUUGAAUAGAUAUGAUGAGACACCUGCUAAGGUAUGUUGUUCUAGAAGUAAGAAUCCAACACCAGAAUUAAAGGCCAGAAUAGAAGAACUGCUGCAAGGAUUAUGUUAUGUUCCAUUGUUACGAUCUGAAGAUAAUACUACAGCUCCAGUGAUUGGUCAACCAUGGUCACCUGAUAAUAUACUGGAACCCCAUGAUUUAUUAAAUAAAAACCCCACAGAUCCUCAGCUGACUGUCAGAGCUUAUGCUGGUCCCAUGUCCCCAUCGCGGGCUAGAGUAUUCCAUAGACAGUGGACCACCCCACCCUCACCAUCUCCUAGGAAACAACCAUCUCAGUCUAAUCCUAGGAGAGAAGAUGGAGAUAAGGGUCUUGAAAGAAUAGGCAGACAACUGGCUCAUGAAAUGCACGUGGCAUGGCUAGAACAUUGGGAAUUUCUGGAUGCAUUUGUCGAUUUCUCUACGGAAAAAGGAAUCGGAAUCUUAGAAGAAUAUCUGUUGAAACAACAA